CUUUGAAUCUUGAGAAGCAGCUACUCUUUUAUGGCGCCUACCACAAUAAUCCCGUGAAUGUUGCGAUUCACAUGACAUGUGUGCCGAUACUUCUCUUCACUGGCAUUGCCCUGGCAUCUAACACACCAACCCUCAUCCCCACGCCUGAGGCUUUGCAGGUUGAGAACCUGCCUCUCAACCUUGGGACGAUCGCUGCUAUAGUAUACUCGACGUUUUACAUCCUUUUGGAGCCCGUAGCAGGGGCCCUAGCGACGCCGCUCAUCAUCGGCAGUGCAGCCGGUGCGAAUCACCUUCUCAGUACCUACGGCACGAGCGCCAACUACUGGUUUGGUGGCAUUCACGUGGUUUCGUGGUUGGCGCAAUUCGUCGGCCAUGGUGCCUUCGAGAAACGGGCCCCUGCACUGCUGGAUAAUCUGGUGCAGGCUCUGCUGCUCGCUCCCCUUUUCAUCUGGAUGGAGAUUCUGUUCUUCUUCGGGUAUCGCCCCGAGCUGAAGAAGAGGUACCAUGAGAGUGUGAACAAGGAGGUCGCGGCAUUCAAGGCCCAGCAGAACAAGGCAAGCAAUUGAUCGGACCGCAAAUCCAGUAUGAGAGCCAUAAGUGGUCCUUAGUCUUCGGUGGUAAUCAAGGUUGUUUGGCUAUUUUCAAAGCGACAAUAGCGGUCUUUCCAAUUUGGCAGCAUGUCUACAAGGUGAUGAUGGAACGUCUGAGUGCAGUAAGCAGUGUUUUGAGAAUGCAUCGUGAAGUCCAUGACAAAACUUUGUCUGAUGGUUGGUACCAUGAGUGAGUUGCAGAUUCUCAAGUAAAUAAAGCAAAUGUUGUCUGAACUGGUAGGUUCAAGCUACUGUACUGGAGUAGGAAUCUUAGACCUCAGGUUAAAGUGGAGCAUGAUGUAAGUUACUGAAAUCGGAAAAGGAUUGGAGGGGGUGACAGGGUUUGCUGC